AUGAGCGCCCAAGAUGCUCGAACCGUGGCUCCGCAGGUCAAUGGUGUUGACCGAGCUGAACGAGAAGGCCCGCGUGAUGAAGGGGCCAACGGCACUGAGGCUGCCGUGAAUGAGGAACCAGAAGGACAGCUGGCGGGCGUGAGUGAAGUGUUGACGGCCCCAAGGUAUGGUGCCGUUGACCGCGAUCGACGCGAUGUGCCUACUACCUCCGCGUCACCACCUCUGAGGGAAGAUACUGAAUCGCGGAUGCGGCAGGGGGCAACCAAUGGUUUGCCUACGACUGUAGAAGCGGACAGGGCUCUUCGAGGAGGUAAUGUGGGCUUGGGAGGUGAUGCCUCAACUAGUCAGGCUGGUUUCGUUACACCGAGAUCGACUUCUCCAGGGCUGGCGGCGCAGAAUAACUGGUUGGGCAGCCUGGAGGUUCCUAGAUGGAUGAGCCGUCUGGGGAACUACUUGAGUAUUGCGCAUGAGCAGCUGGCCCCAAGCCCAUUGGUCGCCACCGAGGCAGCAAAGACCAGUGCGGGCUUCGACUCCACCGAGCUCUGA